AGAGACAAAGGUUCUGAGUCUCUCCAACAGGUAACACACUCUGAACCCCUCCGACAGAAGAACCAACAAGAAGCCAAGGAUGAAGAUCCUGCUGCUGAUACUUGUAAUAGGUCUGAUUUGCGCUGACCAGUCUCCAAUAGACCUCUCUCAGCUUUCAGGAGAAUGGAGGACUCUUUAUAUCGCCUCCAGUGACCCAGUGAAGACACAUGGGAAUGCACCAUUCUUGGUUUUUAAGCGUGAAAUUUAUUUUAACACAGAAAAUGGCAAAGUUGUUUUAAAAUAUUAUGUCAUGGAAAAUGGACAAUGUGUGCCAGUGACUGUAACUGGGACAAGGAUCCAAGGCAAUGUUUUUGCUGGUGCUUAUGCAGGUGCAAAUCUUUAUGAACCUAUUUAUGCAUCAGAAACAUCAAUGGUGACGUAUAACAUCAACCUGGAUGAAAAUAAUGAGGUCACCAAGGUACUUGACUUCUUAGGAAGAGGACCCCAGGUGAAUGAGGUAGACUUCGAGAAGUUCAAGGAGCUGACUCAGGAAAUGAAUAUUCCAGAAGAGAAUAUUGUGAAUGUAAUCAAUUAUGACAACUGUCCUGAAAAUUUAUGAAAACAGACUUCACUUCUCAGAAGUAAACCAUGAAAUGGCUAAUUGGGAAGGUGGAUUCAUGCUGAUGGAGUUGUGGUGAUGAAGCAUUAACACAGAAGGGUCACAUAGAAAAACUGGUUUUGAGGGAGAAACAGGAACUAUCAGGAGUCUCUACUGAGAUGGAAAAGCAUGAGUCUUCCACCCGCUCUAGACUCCAUAGUUGGUCCGCAGAGAUCAGCCCUCCAGAGAAAGAGGGCUGAAGGAGAACAUCCACUCUGGAAAACAGGAAGUCUAUUUCACAAAAUCCGCUAACUGUACACAGGCUCUGAAUGGUGAGUGGCAGAAAGGAAAGUGGCUGAGUUUAUGAAGAGAGACAGACGAUGAUGAGCAGCAAUGAGGGGCAAGCUCCUUGCGACAGCCACUGGGAGAUUUUCGGCCACACCCUCUGACAUGUGCUGCUUUGCUGAUGAUUUGAUUACUCUAUGAUUUUUAGAAGGUUCCUAAAGUGAUGUAUCUUCUAGGAUGACAUGGGUCCAGGAAAACAUGUGUUUUAUUCUAUCUCUUGAAAAACACAAUCCACAAUGUUAGCUUUCAGGAUGAAUAUAAAUUUGAAGCCUCAGAAACUUUAGGCAUUUUAGGACAGAAGUGUAGCUCAAUCAGACAUACUGCAAAUCUCCUUUAGAGAGACCAUCUCCAUAGACAUUAGCCUUGAGAUAAAAAACUCCUGCAUAGGAAGGUCCCACCAAACCUGCAUCCUGAAGAAAUUCCAAGCACAGGCUUCCAUAUCAGAGAGAUGGUGAGGGCCCAGAGCCACCUGGAACUUGUCCAAGAUAUUCACUAUCACCUCUUCCUACCUGUCACACCCCAUGUCCUGCAGUCUCCCCAGUCAAGCUGUUAUCCUAUCGACUCAGCUAAUCUUUAGGCUUGUUUUUCUAUCCCAUAGACUAUGUCCUGAGAACCAAGCACAUCUUCUCCAUGAAACCCAAUCAACAGUAGGAAGAAUUCUCCCCUUGUUCCUCCCCAACAUCAUGUGUCUCUCUCCAUGAGCUCACUCUCUAUCCUCCCUGACAGUCACCAUUCAGAGCCUGUGUGGCAUUACUGCAUUUCUGAGUAUUCAGUAAAUGGAUUUCAGAGCAAAUCUGUCCAUGCGUGUCUGUGAAGCAUGUUGCUUAACUUAAAAAACACACAAAUAUCCAUUGGAAAUAGAACAGUCUAAGAAAACAUGUCAUCAAUAGUCUCAGGGCUUCAUAAGCAUCAAUUUUGAGGAGCAUUGACUAGAGGAAGCCUACAGGAGAAUUACAGCAAAAGGUGUAAACCAGCUUCACAAGGGAAAGGGCUGUGGACAAAUUCAUUGCCGUGCAGUGAGGCCUCCAGUCAACAAAAAAGCUGUGAGGCUGUCAGUCAACAAACAUUUCUUAGGCAGUUAAAGUUAUUUAUUAAAUAUUUCAACAUGACACCAUUUAUAUAUGUACCAAUUAGUUUUAAACUUUCAAACUUUUGUAAAUAGAAAUGACUUUUUGAGGAGUGCAUAUUCAGAAUUUUUGACAGCAGCAAACAAACUGACCUUUGAAAACACUUGUGGGUGCUGUGUUCUCUUCUCCCCACAUGGUCCUCACACAGACAGACUUCUAAUAUGCUCUCCCAAUGUCUGUCAAAGCGUUAACAAAACCCAAGUCUGAGCAACAGAGUCUCCUUCAGAAUAGAACCCCCAGACACUCCGUGCUUCUGCAUUGCUUUGUUUGCAUCCUGGAACUUUGAACAGGUGAUCGAGUUGGCAAUUCCUGGGUAGCUCACUUGUGUUCUGUCCCCAUUUACUGGAAGGUACCCUUCUAGCAACAUGAACUGAUGUGUCUCACUGAUGCAGAGUUGAUAGUCCUAGGCAGUGUGGACAGGUGACAUCCAUUAAAGUUGUGUUUAUCAAACACGGGUCAAGUCCUGCACAGUUGGAAUCCUGCAGAAGACAUUUUCUCAUGUUUGCUUGGGUCCAACUUUAUCGUAUGAGGCACUUUGGGCUGCACUCUUGAAGAAAUGUGUUUAAUAUGGUGGUAUGUUGGUAGAAUUUGUCAUUGUGCAGACCCUGAGCCUUGCUCUGCUGUAGGGUGCUUACGACAAGAAGCGUGGCCUGUGAUUUAUGUUGCUGACUCUUUUGUUCAAAUAAUGGACAUCAAUGUGCCCCCAUAACAUCGACAGGGCCAGGGAGAGACAGCAAUUCCUACCUAAUCCACAGUAAACAUUCUUUUGAAGAGCCAUGCCCAGAGGCUGACUGACAUAUCUCAGGGGAAUAGAGUUUCCAUCAUUUACUAAAGCAAACACACAUGCUUAAAUUAAAAUAAAGAACCAACAGAAUCGAACUGAAAAAUACCAGUACUGCAAAGGAAGCAAAGGUAACUGGUAGAUAAGGAUGACGGGACUCUUCUUUCAGGAAGGGGUCUCGCUGACCUUCUUGGGAUAUAGAGUCCAGUCCUACUGGUAACCCUUAAUAUGCUUUAAAAUUUUUAGAGGACCUCAGAACUCUCCAGGAGCUUGAGGUAGGUCAUGGAAUAAGUAGUUUUUUGGCUGCCUUUUCCCCUCCAUGUGAACAGUGUGAGAGACUCUCAAUGGCAAGCAUGAGGCUUAAGGUGAUACCAGGGUUAGAAUUUUGAGAGACAAUAUUUGCAAGAUGGUGCUGAGGUUGCCUUUGUGCCCACAUUUCAUGCUGACCUGUCCUACACCAGAGCUGUUUGGCCCCUCAGCCUGCAUCCAAACUGCAUGAUAUUUAUUGGGUCCAGGGUUUGUACCUGAGUCAGACCAAUGAAACUUCUUGGAAGAUGUGUUCAAAUCAAUAACCUGGGUAAUUAUUUCAUAGGGAUCUAUCGCCCUCUACUCUGCACAUGGGUUUCCCUAGAUUGGUGACAGUCUGCAUGUCUCCCUUGGCAUAUUUCCCAUUGGUCUUGUUGAAUCUGGUAUGACUGGCUGUCCUGUCUUUGCAUGUCUCAAACACCACUACUCAUGUGUGGGAUGCUGCCGGUCCCUCAUUUCUUCCAGAGCACCUGCCCUCUAGGCAUUGCUGUGUUGCCUACCCCUCUGUGUGUGCAAGAUCCGCUUCCAUCUUUUUCUCUAUUUUUGUUGAGGGCAUUAUUAUGAAAGCCCCCAUUUCCUCCCCUAUUCCAGAGACUUUAACUGAAUCACUCUUGCACAUGGUUUGGACUAUAGGUUCUUCACUGGUACUUUCUUUUAUUCUGUUUUUAUUUGUUAGUUUGUUUAGUUUUCUUUUUUACCAUGAAGUAUCCCUGUUAAAUAGUGAGCAUUCCCAAAUUUUCCCAAUGGAAAAAUCAACCAGGGCCACACAAGGACACUUUCAUUUAUCCAUUGUCAGUACUGGGCAUGCAGCCAAAACCAAAAGGGCAA